GCGCGCAAACGUUAGUGGCGGCGCAGGCGCGUAAACAGAGGAGGCCGUGGAACCGCGUCCCCGAAGCUGGACCGUCAGGAUCCUUCCCCCUCCCCCCCCCACCUGCAUAAACACUCUCGGUCCGCCCGUCCCUUUCCCCAUUUCCCCUGUGAGCUGCAGUCAUGACCGACAAAGAAGCAUCAGAUGCCCAUUAUGAUGUUACACCUGUGAUGUCACACACCCACUGUUCUUCAUUACUGACGGCCGCCUCACCUGUGCAGUCCACUCAUCUCGACACGACGCCAGGCAUUUGUCAUGAAUGGAAACGAGGAAAAAAAACAGCCUUUGAUGAUGCCGUGGAAGAACGUGUCAUUAAUGAAGAAUACAAGAUCUGGAAGAAAAAUACUCCCUUCUUGUAUGACCUGGUUAUGACUCAUGCUCUGGAAUGGCCAAGCCUGACUGCACAGUGGUUGCCUGAUGUUUCUAGACCUGAAGGAAAGGACUACAGUGUUCACAGGCUUGUGCUGGGAACCCAUACAUCUGAUGAGCAAAACCAUUUGGUCAUAGCCAGUGUUCAGCUACCAAAUGAUGAUGCACAGUUUGAUGCUUCACAUUACGACAGUGAAAAGGGAGAAUUUGGUGGAUUUGGUUCUGUUAGUGGAAAAAUAGAGAUUGAAAUAAAAAUAAAUCAUGAAGGGGAAGUAAAUCGUGCUCGAUACAUGCCUCAGAAUCCUUGUAUUAUUGCUACCAAGACUCCCUCCAGUGACGUGUUGGUCUUUGAUUAUACGAAACACCCUUCCAAACCAGAUCCCUCUGGUGAGUGCAAUCCAGAUCUUCGGUUACGUGGGCACCAGAAAGAAGGCUAUGGGCUCUCAUGGAAUCCAAAUCUCAGUGGCCAUUUACUUAGUGCUUCAGAUGAUCAUACUAUCUGCUUAUGGGAUAUUAGCGCUGUACCUAAAGAAGGAAAAGUAGUUGAUGCAAAAACUAUCUUUACUGGUCAUACAGCAGUAGUAGAAGAUGUGUCAUGGCACUUGCUGCAUGAGUCUCUGUUUGGUUCAGUGGCAGAUGAUCAGAAGCUAAUGAUCUGGGAUACAAGAUCGAACAACACGUCAAAGCCAAGUCACUCCGUUGAUGCACAUACAGCAGAGGUCAACUGUCUCUCUUUCAAUCCCUAUAGUGAAUUUAUUUUGGCAACUGGUUCUGCUGAUAAGACUGUGGCAUUGUGGGAUUUAAGAAAUCUGAAACUAAAAUUACAUUCCUUUGAAUCGCACAAGGAUGAAAUCUUCCAGGUUCAGUGGUCUCCUCAUAAUGAAACCAUCCUGGCAUCAAGUGGAACAGAUCGCAGACUGAACGUAUGGGAUUUGAGUAAAAUUGGAGAGGAACAGUCACCUGAAGAUGCUGAAGAUGGUCCUCCAGAACUGUUGUUUAUUCAUGGUGGUCACACAGCUAAGAUCUCGGAUUUUUCUUGGAACCCAAAUGAACCAUGGGUAAUUUGCUCUGUAUCUGAAGACAAUAUCAUGCAAGUUUGGCAGAUGGCUGAAAACAUUUACAAUGACGAAGAUCCUGAGGGAGCUCCUGAUCCGGAAGGUCAAGGCUCAUAGUUGAUUCUAGUUUCCAAUCAUUCUUUUGUACACAAACAUGAAAUUCUGCUAAUGCUGUUUUGGGAGAGCUGGUUGGUAUAUAACCGCCUUCUCCUACUGCGGGAGUUUGAAUAAAAUGUAUGUCCUCCAGAAAGGACGUAGAAGUUUUUAUGAUUGCCUGUGCCCAUCAUAGUAUUGUACUGAUGUGUCUGCAUUACUUCGUAAGCAAAGUAUUCCGGAUGCUGGAAAUCUGAAAUAAAAACAGUGCUGAAAAUCCUGAGCAAGUCAUGUUGCACUUGUGGAGAGAGAAACAAUGUUUCUGGUCUGUCUUUCACCUUUCUUCAAAGUGGUUCUGAUCAGUUUUCACUGAAGUUAACUUACGAGCUGGCUAUGUGUCCCUGUUGGGUGUGGUUUUUGGUAGGUGGGCAUGUAUGGUGAGCCCUCAAUGUGGGUGUCAAAAUUGGCAGCCCAACCAUCAUGUGUAAUAAUUGAGUCAGUUGACCUUGGUGAAAGCUCUAAUUUAAAACAAAAUACAUUGGAUGCUUGAAAUCUGAAACAAGCACAUAGAAAAUGCUGGAGAAACUCAGCAGGUCUGGUAGUAUCUGUGGCGAGAGCAACUGAAUUAAUGUUUUUGAAUCCGGUACGACUGUUCAGGAGAUUCUUGAAGGAUCAUCCUGGAUUCAAAAAUAUGAACUUGAUUUCUGUCUCUGCAGAUGCUGCCAGACCUGCUGAGUUUCUUUGUUGGUUUAAAAACUCAAUUGAUCAUAUAAUACACUGCAUGUGCCAGAAUAUAGUUAAUAUGGACAAUUGGCAAGAAAUGGGCAAACUCUUAAAGCAGAUUUCAAAAUUGUGGGAAGUAGGAUGCAUUACAAUUGUCAGAGCACUUCCUGUGGAGAUUGUGUACUCUUAUUUCCCUGGACUUGUUCCAGGAUCUAUUUUGAGUUCCUUGGGAGCCUGCUAGCAGUGUAAACACUUGAGCUCGUGGUACUGCUGCAGAACCUGAGAGUAGGGUUUCCUUUUCUUUUGAGGGGCAGAAGUCCUGUAGUUAGACUGUGCAGUCAGCCUGCAGUGUGUAUUCUGAUGGAUAAUUGGCUCACUGCCAACUUUCCUUUGUUUGCAGGAUGGAGAGUGGCAUUGGCAGUAUUCAGCUUACUGAGCUAUUAGCCCUGUUUUUCACUGCACAAAUGCUGCCUGACCUGCUGGUGUUUUCAGCAUUUCAUGUUUUUGUGUCUGCAUUUCUGUUUUGCUAAUAAAGCUGUUUGAUAUCCUGUUGCGUACGUUGCAUAUUUAAAGCUUACCCCACCUUCUGGAUGCUGCAGUGUGUUGUGCUUUUGUUUCUUUUUGAGAUGCAAGUCAGUUAAACCAGUUGAAUAUUCUCUAUGAGAGGGUCUUGCUAAACAAGUGUAUUGCUCCCAAUAAAAUGGAUGUUUUUCU